CCAAAACCCUUAUUUCAGUUGCAGAAGCCGAAAUGAGAGGAGCGAGCGCAAUGCUACGUCGUUUAGUUAGCGGUACAGCCCCCUCAUGUCGCUCUCUCUCUUCAAUCAGCGACCAUCUCAUUCUCUCCUCCGCCCUCGCCGCUUCCUGCUCCUCUCUAAUCCUCGCCGACGUCGCUACCCCCCCACUUUUUAUUACACCCGCCCCCGCUACCAAGUUUCACUCCCAUCUCCACCUAAAUCACUCCCGGAGCUUCUCCUCUCCACCCUCUGCAGAUCCAUCAAACGUUGUGUCCAUUGAGUCAGAAGAGCAGUUUAAUGAUUCACUUCGCAAGGUUCAAGAUGAAUCUUUGCCUGCAAUAUUCUACUUCACUGCAGUUUGGUGCGGCCCCUGCAGAUUGUUGUCCCCUAUAAUCGGGCAGCUGAGUGAGAAAUACCCCCACGUGACCACAUAUAAAAUAGACAUCGAUAAGGAAGGGCUAGGAAGUGCAUUGAGCAAGCUAAAUAUCCAUGCUGUGCCUACAUUGCACUUCUUUCAAAAUGGUAAAAAGGCGAGUGAAGUCAUUGGUGCAGAUGUUCAACGCCUCAAGGAUACAAUGGAAGCAUUAUACAAGUGAUAGCAAAACCUGCUCUGCUUUGCGCUCAAAUUUUUAUACCAUAUAGCAGCAUUACAGAUUAUUCCGCUUGUUCAGUCUUGGAAAUUCAGUUCAAUUUCUGUAUGUAGGAAUGACUUGGUAGCUUCAGUUGUCUAUAACUAUGGUAUCUGUAUUAAUGAGGUUCUUUAAAAGUAUCAUGGUGCUUACCUUAGUAUAUUGACAGAAUUAAUACUUAAAACCAUAAUGUCUUAAUAUCCAACGUCUUCUUUAUUUGA